CAACCAACAAGAGAAUCUGAUCGAAGCAAAUACUUCUCUCAAACCAAACAGACCCUUAAAGAACCAAUUUUUAAUUCCGCCGGAAAUUCUCCAUCUCCGAUGGCUAAGAAGAAGAUCAUGAAGCUCCAUAUACUCUCUUCCGUUUUCAACGAGAACAGAGAAAGAAAAGAGAAUCUCUACUCUUGGCAAUGGUAUUCCUGCCGCGCCAACCCAAAGACUCUGUCUUUUCGCUCCAACGCCGCCGUCUCCGGCGGAGACGCCAUGUUCCAGACGGUCAACUCCGUCUACCUCGACCCCUCCAACAGCACCUUGGAAUCCUUCAGCUUCUCGGCGGAGUCCGACGACGAACAGAUCAUAAUCACCGGAGUGAGGUCGGACCGUCUGAUCUUCGACCGCGGCGGCAUCAGCUCCUCCAUAGCCAAGCUGGAACCCCUGCCGGAAAAUCAAGAAAAUGUUGAAAAACAGAGGGAAGAGGAGGAAGAUGCGGGGGAAGUGGGUUUUCCGUUCGAAGAGAGUGUGAUGGUAUCCAUCGAUUCCGACGACCCAUACCUCGACUUCAAGAAAUCAAUGGCGGAAAUGGUGGAGAGCAGAGGGAUCAACGAUUGGGAUUCAUUGCAGGAGCUUCUGGGAUGGUAUUGGAAGAUGAAUUCGCCGAUGAACCAUGGGGUUAUAGUCAGAGCAUUUAUGGAUUUGCUCGUCGGACUGAUCUUUCCCCCUUCAUGUUCUUCUCCCUGCCGCUCCUCUAAUGCUGUAAGAACAUCAUAUUCAUCGGCUGUUUCUCUCCUCUCUUCUCCAGCAAAUUCUCCUCUGUCCAGCAAAUUUUCGGUAGAUCUAUCUCAUGGAGGUUGAGGCCGAACAACGAUGCAUGAUUCUCUUUAAGUCAAUGUUUGUUCUAGGCUACUAUGUGGAAUUCAGAAAUAUGAUUACAAAAAUAAGAGAAGCAAAUGCUUCGUACAAGGAAGAAGAAGAAUGAACUUAAGAUUUUCAUUAUUGCAUUAUUGAAAAUGAACGUACGUACAUUGCCA